AUAAAUUAGUUCUGACUUCCAUUUCUGGGCGCUCCGAUGCGUCUGUCUGGUUUUCAGCACCAAGUUGGAUGUCAGAACGGGGCAGCGCUGCAGGAGCACAAGGAGAGCUAAGAAACCCUUCAGCUCUCUGCCUCCUUCCAUUCAAGAGCAGGAAGAGCUGCUGAAAGGAAAACCAGCCGCAGGGAUGCAGCGCCCGGCCCGUGUCUGCACGUCUGGUCCCACUGGCGUGGGCUCUUAUGGUACCGUGUGACCUUGGUGGGUUCUGUUGCCACUAGGUGACACUCUCGAUCCAGUUUGUUUCGUGGCCUCCAGGACCAGCUGCUGGAUGGGCUGCAGCGUGCCCAGGUGCUCAGGCUUUGUUCGGUGUCCUGUGGAGCAGCAGCUCUGCAGUGAAGCUGAGAUGCUGAUAAGGAAGCAGGACGUUGCACCUCCUCACCAAGCAGCAGCAUGAGCCCAGCUGGGUUCAAUGUGCUGCUGCAGUGAUCUAUCCCAGCUGGGAGGCAGCGCAGUGUGAGCUCAGGGUGGGUUUCUUUGCUUGUUCCCAGCGCAGAUGGGACGAGGAAGUGAAGCUUUCCUGGUACAAGCACUUUAUGCUCAAGAAACCCCCUGCUGCGAUCAGAGCCUGGUGUGUGCGUGCUCUGCCCCGGCUGCCUGCCAGGACAGUGUGACGCAGGGGAGGUUUGCAUGGGAGCGUCCUGCAGAUGCAAUGGGGGCAGAAGCUGCAUGCAGGCAUAGCCCUGCUGUGCAUCUCCUUUCUGUCUCGCUCACAGCUGGCAUCCAGGCCAGGCACGGCCAUUCAGCUGCUGUGAAAAGCAGGGCAGAGUUGUUGAAAUGAGGAUUAGCAAAGCAGAUCUCGACAAAGAGACAAAGUUCUGUUCCUUCCCUUCAUUCAUGUUUGAGUUUCCCGCUGGUAUGACAGGCAUUAGGAUGCCUUAGGUGCAUUAGGGUCAAACGGGCACAUCACAACUCAUUGCUGCUCUGGCCAUGGCAAUGUAGGGUUGUCCCAUCUCUCCAUCAGCUGCAUCCAGGUAUUGGAUGCAGGUUUUGUUGCUCCGUAUUUGGUUCAGCACAAUUUUGCUCUCAUCGAUGCUGGCCUGCAAAGCGAGCACAGGGUCUGCACAGCACAGAGCACGGUGCGGGCUUGUCUCUUUAAGGCAGAGAAGGGAACUCUCCGGCUGCCACUUCGUAGAGUUUAGAGCAAAUCCCCGUUUCCAUUAGCAUUUCAUUUCAUCUCCUCCUCUCCCCUCCGCUCCACCUCCUCCGAAUCGGCAUUUCUGCAUCCUGCGCUGUGCAUCGCAGAGCAGCAGGUAAAAGUCUGGCUGGCUCCUACACACACACACGAGCUCACACACAUCCUUGCACGGCAGACCCACCUCUGCCGGGGGGCAGGAACCGCCGGGCGGCUCCCCGUGGUCCUUGACUCCCGGUGCAGAGCAUUCAGAGCAUCACAGAGUCCGAGGUGUCCUCCCGUCCGGAGCUCCCCCGGUACCCACGGAUCCAGCAGCGCUGUCCGGGCACAUCCCGGCACGGAGAGGAUUUGCAGGGGCGAGUGGACGCCGGGCUGUGAGUAACGGGGAGGGGGAAUCUUCCUAGUGCUCAUCGGCUCCUGGAAAUGUCACUGUGCCCUGAUUGCCAGUGAACAGAGGGAGAGCAGAAAGGAGGACAGCCGGAGGGAUGGCAUUCCUCCCCAUGCAGCUGGCUCCGGCGAUGAUCACUUAGCAGGUGGAGAAGGUCCCCAGCUGCAGAGCCGGCCCUGCUGCCCCGCUCCCCAUGGAGGGCAAUUUGGGGUCCCCCAAUGCCAGCGUGCUGGGGGAGCGCUCGCUGCUGGUGGGGAGCAGCUGGGUGGCCGCCUUCCUCUGCUUCAUCAUCCUGCUGACCACAGCCGGGAACUUCCUCCUCAUCCUCCUCAUCGUCACCCAGCGCUCACUCCGCAACACCUCCAACUACUUCCUGGUGUCCCUCUUCAUGUCCGACCUGAUGGUGGGGCUGGUGGUGAUGCCCCCGGCCAUGCUCAACCAGCUCUAUGGCCACUGGGUGCUGCGGGGAGACUUCUGUUCCCUCUGGUGCGCCUUCGACGUCAUGUGCUGCAGCGCCUCCAUCCUCAACCUCUGCGUCAUCAGCUUGGACCGCUACCUGCUCAUCAUCUCCCCUCUGAAAUACAAGCUGCGCAUGACAUCCUGCAGGGCCCUCUGGCUCAUCCUGGCCACCUGGACCUUGGCUGCGCUGGCCUCCUUCCUGCCCAUCAAGCUGGGCUGGCACAAGCUGGAAUUCGAGGUUUGGUCCCCAAAUGUCACCUCCCGGGGGGACGAGGAGCAGUGCCGGCUGGUGGUCAGCUUGCCCUAUGCCCUGGUGGCCUCCUGCCUGACUUUCUUCCUCCCAUCCGCUGCCAUCUCCUUCACCUACUGCCGCAUCCUCCUAGCAGCCCGCAAGCAAGCUGUGCAGGUGGCUUCCCUCGCCUCCAACGUGGCCACUGCCACCGCCGAUGAGAGCACGGAGCAGGUUCCCCAUGCCCCAAGUCAACCUGCAGCUGGAAGUGAGAGCAGGAGGUUCGCCAACAAGCACAGCAAGAAGGCACUGAAGGCCAGCCUGACGCUGGGCAUCCUGCUGGGCAUGUUCUUCGUGGCCUGGCUCCCCUUCUUUGUCACCAAUGUGACGCAAGUAAGCAAGUUCUUGGGUUUUCUUUUGGCAGAAAGAGCUUAUUUUUUCCAGUGGAAGUUGCAUCUAACCCUCACUGUCUCCCACCAGGCAGUGUGUGACUGCAUCCCAGCUGGCUUCUUUGAUGUGCUCACCUGGCUGGGCUAUUGCAACAGCACCAUGAACCCCAUCAUCUACCCACUCUUCAUGAGGGACUUCAAGAGAGCCAUGGGCAAAUACCUGCCCUGCUGCCGGCGCACUGGGGAGCCCCGGCCCAGCGCCAUCUCCCUCUCCAUGAGGAACUCCAACAGUGGGCCCCGUGUGGCCACGUCCCUCAAGAACGUCCUCACUUUACAAGCUGAGACUGACUCUGUUGUCUCUGAGGUGGUGGCAAAUGAACACAGCCUGCUACCGAGAGCUGAAGGUGCCCUGCCAGCCCCCAGUGCUCACUUGGUCGGCCUUUUUGAGAUGGAAACCCCAGAGCUGGAGCUGCAGCGCCGGCAGCUUGGCACCCCUGUGGCCUGAGUGCCAGCCUGGGUAUGUCUCCCUGUGCUUCAGCCCAGGGGAGGUGCUCAGCUUCUGAUUGUACAGCCCACUAACUCACACCAAGAGGAAAGAAAAGGUGGGAAGCACAUCCCAUGACUCACAGACAAGGUUUGGGGCUGCUCCAGUCCACAGCGCAUCGUGUUUACUGGGGGUUUAAUUUCCUCGCCUGGUCUGGGCUGUAUCUGUCAGUUUCCUGUGUGACUUGCAGCACGCUGAAACCAUCCUCUUUAAUCAUGAGCAGUCUGAGCUUUGGGGGAUUAAAUCUGAUGCGAAAUGUUCAGCGCUGCUUUCUGGAUACUCCACAAGGGCGUGGGUGUUCAGCUUGUUUGUGGCUCCACGGGUAUCCUGACAAGUAGUAAGGAAAGAAAUAAGCUUUCCUUUAGCUUUCAUCCUACAGCUUCCUAUUUCUGGCAUACAGCCAUCACACUUUGCUCUGACAACCCAUCAAUUUGAAGACGAUACCAUUAGAAAAGACUUUUUUUUUUUUAAUCUUCCAAUGCAGUCAGCAGGCAUUUAAUAAACACCAACAAAUUCCUUCAGCCAAUUCUUCCUCAAGUGCCUUUCAGAUCAGAGAUGGGUUGGAAGGCUGUCGCUGUGCCCCUCUUGGACUGGUACCCCACCAUGAGGUUUUGGCUGCCCCCCUGAAGCACACACUUACACAAGUGGAUCCAAAGAGUCCCUCCAACAUGGGAAGCAAGGAGAAGAAAACCACACGGCAGGCGAAGUCUCAUUUCAUUUUCAUCCUGUGUUGCUGUGCUGCGUGUUCGACUGCAUGAGAAAUAAUCCGGAGGUUGAAGUUCUCCAAGCUCCAGAGAGCUGUUAACGUGAUGAGACCAACGAUACCAAUGCUGCUGAUAUAAACAUCGACUGUGAAGCUCCUCAGUGUGCUCCUGAUUUAUAGGCUUUCAAGCAGAGAUUCCUCCAGGACUUCCAGCUCCUCCAAGGGGAUUCGCAGCAGCCAGCUGAUGUGGCAGAUCAACACCCUUACUCGUGCAUCGUAGUACCCUUAAACAGAGGAAAACCCAGGAAAUCCAUCACUCCUUAUCAGGUUAAACAGCAAGUGAAGAAACCCAGCUGCACUAGAGGACCAUGUUACACAAAAGCAUAUUCCUCCCCUCAGGCCCUCUUCAUCUUUCAUGUGUUUGAAGACAACUGUUAUUGUCUAAAGAAGAGAGCCCGAAAUGGAGAACCUCCCCCACUGCAAACCUCACCCUGUCAGCAGAGCCACUACACCAGGCAACGAGUGAUCUGCGAAGCAUGUGGGGGUUGAAACUUCCAUAACAGCUCCAUGGCUUCCCAGAAGGAAGAAGAGCUCAUCUGCACCCUUGGAAGCACUGGAGGAGAAAAACAUUCCAGUCUAGGGAACAGCCACGCCAGGGAUAUCCCACAGAGAGCUGCAUAAGUGAACCUUUCUGCUUCACCCAGCUGCUGGCUCAGCAGCACACACGAUUCCUUUCCUCCUGCUUGUUGUUCAGCCCCACUGUGCUGUUUUGAAGCUGAACUUUUCCACCUCUCUUCUGUAGCCAUUUUUACCUGCAAGUUCAAAGAAGAAAAAGAAAGCAGAAAGGAAAAAAUAACAAGUGGAAACGAGGAAUCGAGGAGACAAAUUGCCUUCGCUUUUUUCACUGCCACACUUGCUGGUCUGUAGCUGGUCUGUCAAAGCCUAACUUGUGUACCUCAUUGCAACAUGAUGCUGUGACCAGAGACAAUCAAAAUCAACAAUACUUCUCAAAAGAAGCUGUCCACUUCUAGAUGCAAAGAGACUGGGCUCCAUUCAGGUGUAUUAUUCACAUAUUUACUGCAAAAAGAGAUGGAAGAAUAAAAGCUCUGCACCUGGCACAGGUAGCGGUAUGGCUGCCUGGGUAA